AUGCCGGCAGCUACAUGGGCCUCGAAGGAACAGACAUGCUGGCUUCGAGAACAAUUCCCAGCAUAUCUGGAGUGCGCAAAAGAGGGAGACUAUACUCAUUUCUGGCCUAUACUCUAUGCCGGAUGGUUCAGAAAGUACCCGGAACACACAGUCCUCUUUCCCGACAUCCCUGAGAGUUUGCUUUCUGCGGAGCAACUUGCCGAUGUCACUGAGGUGAAGGCCACGCGUAAGGUGCAACUUCAGACCUGGUUCCGCUGGCGCACGAAUGGUUCAAAAAAAAAUCGCAGCUUGAAGAAGAAGUGUACUGUUUUCGAUGAUGCCUUGCAGCCGAAGAGACGUGUAAAAUCCGAGGCCGAGAUCUAUUCCGAAGUAUAUUAUGACGAACAUAUUAAGCCAUUGGUCAUGGCGGAGGCAGAAGCCGGCAACGUGACGACUUCUGGCAAGCGUGUGGCACUUGGCCGAAAGUUUUCGAAGGAGCUGCUUGAAGAUGAGUCCGAGGACGUCAAGGCUGAAAUUCGUGCGAAAUAUGAGGAACGGAUGAAAGCAGUCAAGAAGGGCACCAAACAUAGAACUCACACUCUUGACGACAACGACAGUGAUGAUAACGAGGUGGAUGCGGAGGUCAUCGCACAAGGUAUUGAUGACUUACCUGUGAUUUGCCGUCGCUUUGCGCAGCUUGUGAAGCAGAAGACUCAAUUCGUCGUCUCGUUCAUGUUUGCUGGGCCUGAUCCGAGGAAUGACUGGGACAUGACGACUUUAUCAUGA